CGUGGAGAAGAGACUCAUCAUCGACUAGGGUUUUAUUCAAUUUUAUUGUUUAAACUUCUUCAUCGUAGCGCCGCUCCUCUCUUGUCCAGAUCCAACAAUGGCACCCAAGAAAGACAAAGUUCCUCCUCCUUCCUCCAAGCCCGCCAAAUCUGGUGGCGGCAAGCAAAAGAAGAAGAAGUGGAGCAAAGGAAAGCAAAAGGAGAAAGUGAACAACAUGGUUCUGUUCGACCAAGCAACUUACGACAAGCUUCUCUCUGAAGCUCCCAAGUUCAAAUUGAUCACUCCUUCUAUCCUCUCUGACCGUUUGAGGAUCAAUGGAUCGCUUGCUAGGAGGGCAAUUAGAGAAUUGAUGGCUAAGGGAACGAUCAGGAUGGUCUCUGCUCACUCAAGCCAACAGAUCUACACUAGGGCAACCCACGGCUAGCUUCCCAAGAAUGUUGUUGCUGUUUAUCUAUCUUUUAUCCAAUGUCUCUAUGGACCAUUAUCUUUCUAGAGUGCACCUUUUUUUGCUGACAUUGGAGUAUACUACUUUAAUCUGAUGAGAUUUUGGAGAUCAAAAGAUUGUUUUGGGGCA